AUGGAGAAAACCUUCACCUCUUUUCUCUUGUUGUUUCAUUUGGUUGUGCCAAGUUUAGCCAUAACUCACACCAAUAUUACCACUGAUCAAUUAGCUCUUCUUUCCUUCAAAUCCCAAAUCAUUUUAGACCCUUUUCACUUGUUGGAUGAAAGUUGGUCUUCAACUAUUCCUGUCUGUCAUUGGGUUGGAGUCACUUGUGGUUCUCGCCAUCACAGAGUGAAGUCAUUGAAUAUUUCCAAUAUGGAUCUUACAGGCAGAAUUCCCCCUGAUUUCGGAAAUCUCACAUUUCUUGAUUCUCUUGACUUGAGUAGCAACAAUUUCUACGGCAAUUUGCCUCAAGAAAUGGCACGGUUACAUCGGUUAAGGUUUGUUAGACUUGGUUUUAACAACUUUAGCGGGGAGGUUCCUUCCUGGUUCGGGGUGUUGCAACAACUUCAAGUUCUAACUCUAAGGAAUAAUUGUUUCAAUGGUUUCAUCCCCUCUUUAUUUUCUAAUAUUUCCAAGCUUCAAACUUUGGAUUUGAAAUUCAAUUCCUUGGAGGGCCAAAUCCCAAAAGAGAUUGGAAAUCUUGAAAAUCUAAGUUUUUUAAAUUUAGGUGUAAACAAGCUUAAAGGUUUUAUCCCUCCGUCUCUCUCGAAUGCGUCAAUGUUGGUGUCUGUAUAUCUUUCUUACAAUUUCUUACAAGGAAACAUCCCAAAAGAGAUUGGAAAUCUUCAAAACCUAAAACCAUUUGUCAAUAGAGCAUAA